GUAGUUAGAUUUUUCAUUGUCAAAUGCUAUUCUCAAGCUCCAACUCUCUGAAACUCACUGUUUUCUAUUUCUGAAAGUUCUGCGUUUCAAGUUCUUGAAAAUGGCGGCAAAACCAGAAAAGGCCAUAGGCAUCGACCUAGGCACAACUUACAGCUGCGUCGGUGUUUGGCUAAACGACGGCGUUGAGAUCAUACCGAACGACCAAGGUAACCGGACCACCCCGUCCUACGUGGCCUUCACUGACACCGAGCGUUUGAUUGGCGAUGCGGCAAAGAACCAGGUCGCGAUGAAUCCGGAGAAUACCGUGUUUGAUGCUAAGCGACUGAUCGGGAGGCGGUUCUCGGAUCCAUCUGUCCAGAGUGACAUGAAACUCUGGCCCUUCAAGGUGAUUCCAGGCCCAGGCGAUAAGCCCAUGAUCGUGGUCAGGUAUAAGGGAGAGGAGAAGCGGUUCUCGGCUGAGGAGAUAUCUGCGAUGAUAUUGACGAAGAUGCGGGAGAUCGCAGAUGCGUUCUUGGGGCGAAGCACCAACAACGCCGUUGUCACUGUCCCUGCUUAUUUCAACGACUCGCAGAGACAGGCCACGAAGGACGCCGGCGUGAUUGCGGGGCUCAAUGUUUUGCGAAUCAUCAACGAACCGACUGCGGCUGCGAUUGCUUACGGGCUCGAUAAAAAGGCGUCGAGAAAGGGCGAGCAGAACGUUCUCAUCUUCGAUCUCGGCGGUGGUACUUUCGAUGUUUCUCUGUUGACGAUCGAGGAAGGGAUUUUCGAGGUUAAAGCAACAGCAGGUGAUACGCAUCUUGGAGGUGAAGAUUUUGACAAUCGUUUGGUGAAUCAUUUUGUGACAGAGUUCAGGAGGAAGCACAAGAAGGACAUCAGCGGAAAUGCGAGAGCCUUGAGAAGGUUAAGGACCGCGUGCGAGAGGGCGAAGAGGACACUGUCUUCAACUACACAGACUACAAUUGAGAUCGAUUCUCUGUAUGAAGGUAUUGAUUUCUAUGCUACGAUUACUCGUGCAAGAUUCGAGGAAUUGUGCAUGGAUUUGUUUAGGAAGUGUAUGGAGCCGGUGGAGAAGUGUCUGAUGGAUGCAAAGAUUGAUAAAAGUCAGGUCGAUGAGGUUGUUCUUGUCGGUGGCUCAACUAGAAUUCCCAAAGUACAGCAACUCUUGCAGGAUUUCUUCAACGGGAAAGAGCUCUGCAAGAGCAUUAACCCCGACGAGGCUGUCGCGUAUGGUGCUGCGGUUCAGGCCGCAAUUCUUACUGGGGAAGGGGAUGAGAAGGUGCAGGACUUGUUGUUGCUCGAUGUCGCGCCACUUAGUCUUGGGCUUGAAACUGCUGGUGGUGUUAUGACUAUUUUGAUCCCAAGAAACACAACAGUUCCAACCAAGAAGGAGCAGAUCUUUUCGACCUAUUCCGAUAAUCAGCCGGGCGUUUUGAUUCAAGUGUAUGAAGGAGAGCGAGCUCGAACAAGGGACAACAACCUCCUUGGGAAAUUUGAGCUCACUGGUAUCCCUCCAGCACCCAGAGGUGUGCCUCAAAUCAAUGUUGCUUUUGACAUUGAUGCGAAUGGGAUAUUGAACGUUUCGGCUGAAGAUAAGACUGCUGGUGUGAAGAACAAGAUCACAAUUACCAACGACAAGGGGAGGCUGAGCAAGGAAGAUAUAGAGAAGAUGGUGAAGGAUGCAGAGAAGUACAAGGCAGAGGAUGAGGAUGUGAAGAAGAAGGUGGAGGCGAAGAAUGCAUUGGAGAAUUACGCGUAUAAUAUGCGUAAUACUGUGAGGGAUGAGAAGUUUUCAGGGAAAUUAGAUCCGGCGGACAAGGAGAAGAUUGAGAAGGCGGUGAAGGAGACUAUAGAGUGGGUGGAUAAGAACCAAUUGGCUGAAGUAGAUGAAUUGGAGGACAAGCUGAAAGAGCUGGAGGGAAUCUGUAAUCCCAUUAUUGCUAAGAUGUACCAGGGUGGCGGUGUAGGUGCUGCUGGCGGUGAUAUGCCCAUGGGUGGUGACUACGAUGGUGGUUCUACUGGAAGUGGUGGUGGCCAAGGCCCAAAGAUUGAGGAGGUUGAUUGAAGUUGAAUCAAGAGGAAAUAAUGGGGUGGCUGCUGCUCUGUUUCUUGUGUGUCCUGUCUUUUGUUUGGUGUUCAGUUUGUAUUUUGUAAAGCCUGCUUUUGCCUUUUGUUGUGUGUGUAAACUAGUAAACAAGUAAACUAGCAACUGUUGCUGUAGUGUCAUGUAAUAAAAGCCACGUAUUUUAAACAAAUGAACCUAAUG